CUCAGAUUGUGACGAGCGGCGCGAAGACUGUCAAGUGUUGCUUUGAAUUGUUCUCGGCGUGUUGAGAAAUGGCCCGCACCAAGCAGGUACAUCAGCCGCUCUGCACACACGAGACCGAGACGCACGGCGAAUCGUUUGGUGUGUGUGUCUGUUGUGCAACAGACUGCCCGUAAGAGCACCGGCGGGAAGGCGCCUCGCAAGCAGCUCGCCACCAAGGUGAGGAUGACGCCCUCCCUCACCUCCACCUCUGGAAACCAGCAAGUGUUUGUGUGGGUGCCGCUCUUGUGGUGGCGAGGCACUCGCCUGACGCGACGUGGAUGCUGUUGUGUGUUGGCUGUGUGCGUGUGUGUGCAGGCUGCUCGCAAGUCGGCUCCCGUCGCUGGUGGUGUCAAGAAGCCUCACCGCUACCGCCCGGGGACUGUCGGUGAGCCAACCGCGCGGAGACAUGACACGACGACACACACGGGCUGAGCGGGCGUCACUGUGGUGUGUGUGUCGUGUGUGUUGACUGUGGUUCAGCGUUGCGUGAGAUCCGCAAGUACCAGAAGAGCACCGAGUUGCUGAUCCGCAAGUUGCCGUUCCAGCGUUUGGUGCGUGAGAUUGCCCAGGACUUCAAGACCGACCUGCGCUUCCAGUCCCAGGCCGUGCUGGCUCUCCAGGAGGCCUCAGAGGCCUACCUCGUCGGACUGUUCGAAGACACCAAGUGCGGUCCACACACGCAACACACGUUGGAUGUGUGCGCGAACCUCUCCUAUGUGAUGCCGUGUGUGUGUGUGUGUGUUGUGCAGCCUGUGCGCCAUCCACGCUAAGCGCGUCACCAUCAUGCCCAAGGACAUCCAGGUGCGACACGCGCACACGACAAACAACCACACACAACACACACACACACACACAGCCUCCUCUGGUGUAUGUUGUGUGUGCAGCUCGCUCGUCGCAUCCGUGGCGAGCGUGCCUAGGUGUUCCACGAUGGGCCGAGAAUCGCCGACCGUAC